AUGUGUACCAAUGGCCAAGUCCCUAACUCUGACAGGACUGGUUGCGGGUGUACACCUGGCUACACUGGACCAUCAUGUGGCCAAUGUGCUGAAAACUUCCUCAAGUCGGGAGGUGCGUGUGAUCCGUGUCCAUCAGGAAGUGCUCGAGAGGUUGGAGAUGACAUGAUAUCCUGUACCUGCAACGGGAACCUUGUCAACGAUGAAUCGAGUCCUACCACCACCACCACCAUCUGCUCAAUGUGUGCAACUGGUUACUACAGAGAAUCCUUCAAAAGCCCAACUGAACCUUGCAACUUGUGCAACACCAGUUAUUUCAGGGUAGGGGGGGAGUGUCAGCCAUGUCCAGAAGGCAGUAGUAGAAACAUUGAUGAUCCUGAGGGUUCCUGCACCUGUAACUCAGCUCUGGUCACCAGUGAUGGGAGUAUCUCCACCUACGAUGGUCCUUGUAACAACUGUCCAAAGGACAUGUUACUACACGAAGGAGACUGUGUCAUGUGUCCUGACUUCAGUGGCAGAGAGCUCUCCAGUCCUCCAGGUGUCUGUGAGUGUGGGACUAAUGCAGCGACUCCUGUGAACGGUUCCACUUCCACCAGUGACCCAGACAGAGGAUGUACAGGUCUGUAAGCAUUAUGUGUGUGCAUUCUAUGAAUUGAUAAGUGCCAUGAUACACGAUACAAUCUUGUUGUGUGAGAUGCAACUGUAUGGGUAUGAUAAUAGUGUUCCACAUGUUGCGUGCCCCCAUACAUUUGAAGUGGCAUGUGUUUAAGUCUCACACGACAGAGUUGAAUCAUGUAGGCCGUAGCUUAAAAGCUGCUGUAUUGGUUAUCUCAUCUAUUAUAUGCAAUAUCUCUUCCAGCUUGUAUCGAUGG